AUGAAAGUGACCGUGUGCUUCGGGCGGACCGGCAUCGUGGUGCCCUGCAAGGACGGGCAGCUCCGCGUGCGGGACCUGACCCAGCAGGCGCUGCAGCGCUACCGCAAGGCCCAGGAGAAGGAUCCAGCUUCCUGGGUGAAUAUUCACCACCUGGAGUACACAGAUGGAGGAAUCCUGGACCCAGAUGAUGUGCUGGCAGAUGUUGUGGAAGACAAAGAUAAGCUGAUUGCUGUUUAUGAUGAACAAGAACCUCCCCGUAAGAGUGAUGGCACCAAUGGGAAUUUGACAGACAGAAACAGCCCAGACUCCUUUGAAACAGAGGUAGCAACUCAGCUGGCUGCCUUUCAGCCCAUUGGUGAGAUUGAAGUGACUCCUUCUGCUCUAAAACUGGGCACACCACUUCUGGUACGGAGGAGCAGUGAUCCAGCUUUGGGAGCCCCUGCUGACUUCCCAAGUGCUUCUCAUCCCAGUGACCCCAGUUUAAAGCAUGUUGUGGUGGCUGCUUCCCAGGCAUCCUUUCAGGACGGGGAGGUGACCCUCACUGGACCCACAGAAGUGCUGUUGGCUCAGAGGGCCCGGCUCCCUAGCAGUGAAAUGACAAAAACAGUGGAGAUUUCUGGGGAAGGUGGACCCUUGGGAAUACACGUAGUGCCCUUUUUUUCAUCCUUGAGUGGAAGGAUGCUGGGACUCUUCAUCCGUGGUAUUGAAGAAAACAGCAGAUCUAGGCGUGAUGGUCUUUUCCAUGAAAAUGAGUGCAUUGUGAAGAUAAACCAUGUGGACCUUACAGAUAAAACCUUUGCACAGGCUCAGGACAUCUUCCGUCAGGCAAUGAAAUUUCAAAGUGUCAUCUUGGAAGUCCUUCCUCCAUAUAACCGAGAACAGUAUGAGAAGUCUGCUAUUGCUCCUCUUUGUAUGCUGAAUAAUGAAGAAGGAGUUGCAAAAACAAAAUUUCCACCUCCUCUUCAUCCAAAACCUGCUGUGAAAACAAUUAGUAUUUCUGGAGCAAGCUUGGAGUCAGGUGUACAGGGAACACUGCAACAAGCUAAGAGCCCCAACCUCCCACGUCUGGGUAGAAAGCCUUCUUCCCCCUCACUGUCUCCACUUAUGGGCUUUGGCAAUAAGAGAAAUGCAAAGAAAAUAAAGAUAGACCUGAAAAAAGGUCCAGAAGGGCUUGGUUUCACAGUGGUUACCAGAGACUCUUCAGUACAUGGUCCUGGUCCAAUCUUUGUGAAGAAUAUUUUACCAAAAGGUGCAGCAGUAAAAGAUGGUCGUUUGCAGUCAGGAGACAGAAUCCUGGAGGUGAAUGGACGGGACGUCACCGGCAGGACCCAGGAGGAGCUGGUGGCUAUGCUGAGGAGCACAAAGCAAGGAGAGACUGUCUGUCUGAUUGUGGCUCGGCAGGAGGAGGCCUUUCUACCUCGAGAGCUGAAAGGAGAGCCAAACUGCAGUAUUUUUUCUCCAGAAACCACAGAGCAGCUGACCUUUGAGAUUCCUCUGAAUGAUUCUGGCUCUGCUGGACUUGGUGUGAGCUUGAAAGGCAACAAAUCUCGGGAGACAGGAGCUGAUCUUGGGAUUUUCAUCAAAUCAGUUAUUCACGGAGGUGCUGCUUUUAAGGACGGUCGUUUACGAGUCAACGACCAGCUGGUUGCGGUGAACGGGGAGUCGCUCCUGGGCAAGUCCAACCACGAGGCCAUGGAAACCCUCAGGCGCUCCAUGUCCAUGGAGGGCAACAUUCGCGGCAGGAUCCAGCUGGUCGUGCUCCGCAGGCUGGAGCUGCACGCGGAGGAGCGCUCAGACCAGGGAUCCUUUCAGAAAUCAGCCUUCGACGGGAGUCAUCACUUCGCAGCUGCCUCCCGACGCAAUGAUACCAUUCUCCAGCAAUGUGUAACAUGCAGUCCUCAGGAAGGAAUAAAAGAGUUUCAAGUUUCUGAUCAUGGCAAUGGUGAAAACGAAACCCCUCCACCUCUCCCACCACAUCCUAGUGAGGAUCUUCUGAAUGAGGAUUGUAAUCACAGCCGUAUCAUAAAUUCAGCAGUUCAUUUAACAGAUCAGCACAUCAACUUCAGAUCUUUGACACCAGCCAGUCCGUCUGAAUCAAUUAAUCUGAAAGCCUCAAAAAGCAUGGAUCUGGUGGCAGAUGAAAGCAAAGUUGGUUUGUUGGCCGGACACAAAUCGGACUCUUCUGGCAAAGAUUUUGGUCCUACUCUGGGAUUAAAGAAGUCUAGUUCUCUUGAGAGUCUUCAGACUGCUGUGGCUGAAGUCAGGAAGAAUGAGCUCCCUUUUCACAGACCCAGGCCUCACGUGGUGCGGGGUCGGGGAUGCAAUGAGAGCUUCCGAGCUGCCAUUGACAAGUCUUAUGAUGGCCCCGAGGAUGGAGAAGAGGAUGGUGGCUCUGAUAAGAGCUCUCACUGUGGUCAAGAAGCUCAAAAUGUGGAAUCAGCCCCUCCAGGAAACCCUGAAAUAGAAGAUGCAGAAAUCAAACAAAAGAAGGACAAAAAAACUAGGGAGAAAGAGAAGAAGAAGGGCAAAUCUAAAAUCAAAGAGAAGAAAAAGAAGGAAGAAAAUGAAGAUCCAGAAAAGAAAAAGAAGAAAGGCUUUGGUGUCAUGUUGAGAUUUGGAAAGAAGAAAGAAGAUAAAAGUGGGAAGGCAGACCAGAAGGGGACUCCAAAGCAAGGCAUGCUUAAAGAGGAGGAGCUGGAGAAAAUGAAAGAUGAGCGUGAAAGGAUUGGUGCAAAGCAUCAGGAGUUACGUCAAAAGCAACUGAGGGGCCUGAGUGAUUAUUCUACUGGUCCUGGAGGAGCUGACAUUGAUGAUGAUGAGGUGGAUCCAAAUUAUGCCAGAGUGAACCACUUCCGAGAGGCUUAUCCCCCAGCAGGCAUCUACAGACCCUCAUCACCAGCAGUAGGAGAAACCUUUGUUUAUCUGCGGGAUUCUUCCUCAGCACCAAUGGAGAGGGAGCACUUGGAAGGACUGUAUGCAAAAAUAAACAAGCAGCACUACCCACAGACUUCUGGUGACAGUGGAAGGCCAAGUGGUGGGAAUGCUGAUCGUAUCCAGAGGCUGCGGAAGGAGUACCAGCAGGCCAGGCGGGAGGGCUUGCCUUUCUACGAGGAUGACGAGGGAAGGAUGCAGCUGGCUGACUAUGACCAGUGCUGGGUGCCUGGAAAAGGUCCAGAUGGGAGCUCCUACAGCCUUCACUUCGAAGGGGUGGAAAGGCAGUAUGCAUCCUUACCCAGGCGUGGACCUGCAGAGCCACUAGAAUAUUUAACAGGGCCACGAGUAAUGUACAAAGAGAGAGAUCUUCCCUACUACCAAGGAGGACAGCCAGUUAUCCACCCAUCCAAGGGGAGCUACAUCCGUGCACCGGACACGAGAGUGGCAGAACUGAGGUACCCUCCGUACUACCCAGCCCAGCCCAUCACAAACCAGCACAAAGGACCCCUCCGGCAGGACGUGCCGCCUUCCCCUCCGCAGUCCCACCGAGCACCAGCUUACAAUGAAAUUGUCCGACACCGUGGGACCAGUCCGGACCAGUACCAGUACAGGCAGCAGGAUCCCAGGCAGAAGAACCCCAUGACUGCCGCUGUAUAG